AUGCCGCAGCGAGGCGUUGUCCCGCGGGAGCGGCAGAAGCGCCCGCGCCAAAGUGGCGGGGAGGUGGGGCAGGUGAAGGCCUCGCCGCACCACGGCGAGAUGAUCACAGAUGAGAGCCUUUGCCGGCACGAGGAGGCGGAGGCGUCGCUGGAGUCCGACUGCCUUCCCUCAACCGCCUCGGCAGCUGCGGCCGCAGACAUACAGAAUGAGUUGAAGGGGCAGUUCGACGCCUGCCAGUUAAUUGAGCGGGACGUUGCCUCACUGCUGAAGCGGCGAGAGCAGUCCACCGCGGUGAUGGGUAGCAUUCUCUCACUGAGGAACAUUUCGCCCUACGACACAGUACGUCUUAAUGUCGGGGAUGAGCCCUUUACGGUUCCUCUCCAGCUACUGUUAAGCAGAGACGGCAACGCGAACUACUUCGAUGUCCUUUUUGGGUUCUGCCAGAGCAGCACCUUUGGCGAUAAUGCGGAGGGUCAGGGGCAGGACGGCAGCGGGGGUGGCGGUGGCGGCGGUGGUAGCAACCCCUACAGCCGUCUCAUGCAGCCCCCGACGUUAGAUGAGACGGGGGCGCUUUUCAUCGACAGAGACCCCGCCACCUUUCGUCUCAUUCUCAAUUACCUUCGCGGGUACCGCAUGCUGACGAUGCUGAACGAAGACCAGCUGUCGAUGCUGAAGACGGACGCCCGGUACUUUCAGAUUCGCGGUUUAAUGGAUGAGUUGGGCGCGCAAACCACGGAGGGCAGCGUUAAGUUUCGGCCUGGCCCCGGUGUGAAUCCCGAGCGCAAUCGAUUUCGCGUCAUCUACGGUGUGGCCAUGGUUGGCCACCGCUUUCUCAUUACGGGGCGCCACCGCAUCACGUUCCAGGUUCUUAACAGCGACUACGUCGGCAUUGGGCUAGUCUCCGACUCCUGCGUCAGCACAGACCAGGAGUUUCACAGGACCUCGCACUGUUGCGUGUACUACAUGACAGGCGUCUUCUAUUCGAACUUUCCGCAUCACCGAAAGGAAGACGGACUCGAGGCGUUGGAAAAAGAUGACUACGUGUCACUCAUGGUUGACAUGAACAAACGUGUGGCGGAGUACACCUUGAAGAACUCGACAAAGAUGAUCUCGCUCGGCAACGCCCGGAAGCUGCGAUUCGCCGUGGCCAUGAAGUUGAGCUCAAGCGUGCGGAUUGUCCCGGAGGAAGAGGCGGAGCAGCUUCCCCUCUUUCAGCGAAGGGCGCAGGCAGAGCCUGUCCUGCUUGGGAGCCGCACACCGACCAUGGGCGACGACCGUGAGGCACUGACGCAAGCCUCGCAGCCAAACGGCGCAGGUUCGCUGGCCCCGGGCGGGAUGCAGGAGCCGAUAUUGUUGCGACGGACACAGAGCGCAACACCCUUGUUUCUUUCACGUAGCUUGGAAGGCAACGCGCGUGCCAGCUUUGCCGAUGGACUUGGAAGGACAGCGCGAGCCAUUGUGCUCAGUUCCUUCACAGGUGGCCCUUUGCCGAAUGACAUCAACGAAAUAGAUCCGCUUCUCUUCAUCCCUGGCAACCGCGACCCACGUGAAGGCACGUAA